CACUGUGAAUCUGAAUAUAUCAAAGUAAUAUUAUUUCAAGUAUUUAUUAUUAAUCUUUGAUUAUUUCAAUUCAACGUUUUAAAAGUAAUUACAUAGAUAAGACAGCAAGCACACUUGACAAAUUUUACAAACAAAAUUUAUACGUAACAAAUUUUCGAAAAAAAAUCGCUGUUCUUUUAAAAAAUGGACACAGAAAAGAUACGUGAUAAAACUGAUAAUAAGCCGUACGAAGUGGAAGAAAUGUUUCACAAGAAACUAGGUACUGAUAUGAAUUAUCGGCAUUCGUACAUUUGGCCAUUUGUCAUAGGACAUACAGUUCUUCAGGCAUCAGGGUUCGUUGGAUUAUACUCGGUGAUCUUUCAUGCGAAACUCGCUACAACUAUUUGGGCGGUUUGGGUUGGAUUUUGGGCCCUUCAAGGAGUCUCGUUAGGCGCGCAUCGUUAUUAUACUCACAAAGCUUAUAAAAUUACUAAACCUGUGAAGAUCUGUCUCUUCUUUUUGCAAACCAUGGCAGGCCAGAACAGCAUGUUUACGUGGGCUAGAGAUCACAGACUUCAUCACACAUACAGCGAUACAGACGCAGACCCCCACAAUUCCAAGAGAGGAUUCUUUUUCUGCCAUAUGGGUUGGCUUAUGACGAUAAAGCAUCCGUUGGUGAGGAAGAAACAGAAAGAACUCGACAUUUCAGAAUUCCGCGCUGAUAAAAUGCUGAUGUUUCAACAUAAGUACUUUUUUUAUCUUUAUUUCGUUAUAGCAAUUGUAUUGCCGGUAUCAGUCCCAAUGUACUUCUGGAAUGAGACAUUAUGGUCGUCGUUCUUUGUGGGAUAUUGCUUUUGGUAUGUCACCACCCUCCACAUCAUGUGGACCGUAAAUUCAUUCGCUCAUUUAUGGGGUACUAAACCUUAUGACAAGAGAAUUCAAGCAACAUUUUCGAAUAUUUCUUGGUUCGUAACAUUUGCCGACGGUUGGCAUAAUUUUCACCAUGCCUUUCCUUGGGACUAUCGAAUGUCCGAAUUUGGAAAGUUCAGAGGUUCGAGUGUAUGUGUGAUCGAUUUUCUCGCUUAUGUGGGAUUAAUCUACGAUUUGAAGACAGCCUCGCCUAAUGUCAUUUAUGGACAUAUGAAGAAACAUGGAGAUGAAGUAGGACAAAAAAUGCUGGCGGAGAAACAAAAUCCUAAAACGAAUAAAAAUACUACAAAUAUGUUUAUAAAAAAUUUAGAUUAAAGGUCGAAAUUGCGACCAUAAAUUUUUCAACAUUAAUUCGAAAAUAUCUUGUUUAAUAAAAAUGAACAGAAGUUAUUCACACACUCGCGAUAUGAACGCGUUUCUCAGCUUGCUGCUAUCGAAGGUAUUAUCUUUUGCUCUUUCGGGAAUGAAAUAAAAAGAAUUCUCUGCUGAAGCAGGUUAGCACGUCGAUUAUUACGUUGGAAGACCACGAGCUCUUGCGAUUUAUAUGGUCUGCUCGACCCAAGUUCCAGCGCACGUGCCCCGAAAUCUCGUUAGACGAUUAUUCGCUCUGUAAAAGUCCACACAGGCCAAGGUCGCUUGCUGGCGGUGGUAUCGACGAUUUAUGACGCAAAUAACGAUUUAUGCGUGAGAUCACAUUCAUUUUCUUUUUCGAACAAGUCGCCAAUUUCGU